AUGACACAGACCAACCCAUACGGCCCAAAUCCGAGCGACUAUUUGUCGAAUGUGUCGAAAUUCGAGAUCAUUGAUUCGACUUUGCGUGAGGGAGAGCAGUUUGCCAACUCGUUCUUCACUCUCGAGAUGAAAUUACAGAUUGCUAAAGCGUUGGACGACUUUGGAGUGGAUUACAUCGAAUUGACAUCGCCUGUUGCUUCUGAACAAGCGCGCGAGGAGGUGGAAGCCAUUUGCAAAUUGGGAUUGAAAACGUCCAAGAUUCUUACGCAUAUUAGAUGCCACAUGCACGACGCCAAAGUGGCCGUGGAAACAGGCGUUGACGGAGUGAAUAUCUUCAUCGGAACCUCCAGUUUCUUGAGACAGCAUUCGCACGGUAAGGACAUGUCGUAUAUCACCAAGUCGGCGAUCGAGGUGAUCGAGUUUGUCAAGAGUAAAGGUCUUGAGGUGCGAUUCAGUACCGAAGAUUCGUUCAGAUCAGACAUUGUUGAUUUGCUCAACAUCUACAGCACAGUGGACAAAAUCGGCGUGAAUAGAAUCGGAAUAGCAGACACUGUUGGAGGAGCCAACCCAAGACAGGUUUACGAGUUGAUCAGAACGAUCAAGUCUGUGGUUUCAUGUGACAUUGAGACUCACUUCCACAACGACACGGGCUGUGCUAUUGCCAACGCCUACACCGCUCUUGAGGCCGGAGCCAAGUACAUCGACACGUGUGUGUUGGGAAUCGGCGAGAGAAACGGUAUUGUGCCUCUUGGAGGGUUCAUGGCCAGAAUGAUCGUUGCCGAUCCUGAUUACGUCAAGUCCAAAUAUAAGCUACACAAGAUCCGCGACUUGGAGAACUUGGUGGCCGACAUUGUCCAGGUGAACAUUCCGUUCAACAACCCAAUCACCGGUUUCUGCGCCUUCACCCACAAGGCCGGUAUUCACGCCAAGGCUAUCCUGGCCAACCCAUCCACCUACGAGAUCUUGAAUCCUGAAGAUUUCGGACUCUCCAGAUACAUCCACUUUGCCAACAGACUGACGGGAUGGAACGCUAUCAAGAGCAGAGUCGAGCAGCUGAACCUCAACCUGUCUGACGACCAGGUCAAGGAGGUCACCAACAAGAUCAAGCAGAUGGGUGAUGUGAGACCGCUCAACAUCGAGGAUGUGGACUCUAUCAUCAAACAGUACCACUCGGACGUCACCGUGGCGAGCGGCUCCAAAAGACAAAGAACCGAUUAG